AUGAUUAAGACACUCUGUUGGAAUGCAAGGAGUAUUAAUACUCUUGGUUCUCUGGAAAGAUUACAAACUCUCAAGAAACUUCACAAUCUGUCAAUGAUUGCUAUUCUUGAACCCUUUGCUGACAACUCUCAUCUCAACAGUUAUAGAAUCAAAUUGAACAUGGAAAAUGCCUGCUGCAAUUCUAAUGGGAAGAUUUGGUUAUUCUGGACUGCUGAAAUAAAUCUUAAUAUUUUGGAAUCUGAGGAUCAGCACAUCACAGGAACUAUGCUACAUGUGGAAAUCAAAGAUAAGUUUUUGAUCACGAUUGUGUAUGCCAAAUCUUGUGGAUUAAUGGACCUUGGGUACACGAGUCAGAGGUAUACGUGGUGCAAUCAAAGGAAUGAAGAGGCCAGAGUGUGGAAGAGGCUUGAUAGAGCUAUGGUCAAUGACAACUGGUUACAAGGAAUCCCUCAAACUGUUAUUACCCAUCUCCCUUCAGUGGGGUCUGAUCAUUGUCCCUUAUUGAUGGAGAUUGUAGAUAAAGUGAAGCAACCUAUCAAAUAUUUCAAGUUCUUGCACUGCUGGACUGAACAUGAGGAGUUUAAUAAUGUGGUUAAAGCUUGCUGGGACAGGGAUGUGGAAGGUAAUCCUAUGUGGAGAUUACAGCAGAAAAUAAAGAGAUUGACUGUUACUCCUAGUAAUUGGUCCAGAACAACAUUUGGAGACAUUUUCAGCAUUGUUCGACAUCAUGAGGAGAGAGUUAGAGUGGUUGAGGAAGCAUUGAUUGUUAAUAAUUCUGCUGAAAAUAGAGCAGACUUACACAGGAUUAAUGCCAGGUACAUCAAAUACUUGAAGUUGGAAGAUUUUAUCCUCAAACAGAAGACUCAAUUGCAGUGGUUUAAAGAUGGUGACACCAACUCCAAGUACUUUCAUGCCAUUAUGAGAGGUCGAAGAAGGAAACUUUUUAUCCACAGGUCUGUAUAG